ACAUCCUACAACCAUUGUAAACACCCCCUAUUAUUGCAAAAUGGCUCAAAUGUUGGCUACUUUCAUACUCGUCUUUACACAAAAACGUAGAACACAGAGACGCAGCGCAAAUGGAUGAUAAUCUGCAGCAUUGCUGUUUUCUAAUUUCAGUGUCUGCAGAACAGUGGAGAAGCGCAACCACGUAAUAAACUACAUUUCCCACAAUGCAACAGUCCAUGUUGAGUAAGGGAGCCGCAAUGACAAUUACGUAUCAGAGAAAGUGGUCUGUUGCUCAAUAUAUUCACCGGGGCUAUCCAAACUAGCAACGGCGGAUGCUUUCUGUGAGUUUUAAGAGAAGACCGAUCUUGAAAUUGAGAAAACUGUUCAGUAGCAUGAUCUAAGAAAGAAACGUUGCAGUUGGCAGUUAGCAUCGUAUUGAGUUAACUCCAAAACAGUUAGCAUAGAGUCACUUUUGGCGAGUCAAGUCAUGUAUUGGGCUGCACUUGGCACGCGGGUGUGCGUAAGGGCAGUUUGGCUAGGAACCAAAGAAUUGUCUCGUGUAGGUUUUGCAUUACCUCUCACGGGUCGUCGUUUGUCCGUCAAGGCGAGUCUUCACAAUGACCUCGGCAAGCCAUUGAAGCAAUGGGAGUUUGAAGUUAGCCCUUUCAGCAAAGUUAACGUGAAGCUUCCAUGCGACUUGUCCGUGCGCCCAUUGGAUCCGCAUGCCUUCCCAGAAGCUGAUCGCGCAUUCAUAUCUGUGCAGGGUGUAAAUGUCAACAGUGACAUAAACUUGGAUGACUUCAAAGUACAGUAUUGUGCGGAAAGUGAAGAGCUACUUAUCCACGGCGAUGACAUGACCAGCAAUGUAACCGUGGAGCUGACGGCGCCAAUUAAAAGCGACAUUUAUGUCACAGCCACCGGCGAGGGAAGCGUCAGCAUCCAAAGGAUGGAAAGUGAUGUUUGCAAAGUCCAGACAGAAAAAGGAAACUGCACCUUGGCAUCAAUAAGGAGUCAUUGUGUGGAUGUCCAGGCCGCAGGAGGAAAUGUCACAGGUCUCGGCACCAUCCAUGGCAAUGUGACCAUCUGCGGAAAAGAAGGGAGUGAGGUGAACCUCAAGAAGAUCCAGGGGUCUUACAUGAUAGUCUCCACAGACCAAGGGCAGCUGAAGGUCAAAUCCAUCUACGCAGAGUCCUCCCAAGUGUCCUCCUCAGCAGGAGAAAUACAGCUAGGCCACAUCCAUGGUGAUGCCAUCGUAGAGACUGAUUCUGGAAAUGUGAAUGUAGAUACCUCAAAUGGUGCUCUGAACAUCAUGACUGUCAGUGGGAAUAUUGAUGCUUACGUUGGAGAGAAGGGCUCAGCCGAUCUUGUAACUGAAACUGGAUCUGUGUCAGUGCGGAUUCCGGCCUCUAUGAAGGCUGGGCUUCACCUGUCCGGUGUUGCGGUGAACAUCAGUCCCGAUGUCCCACUGCAAGAUGCUCAACAAGACACGACUGACAGAGGAACAACUGUUAUUGGUAAUCUGAAUGGGGAGUCGACUGGCGGGCCGCGGCUUCAAACCAGCGUUGGAGAGCAGCGGAUUACAGCCAGCGCUGGGAAAGGGACCAUCAGCCUGAGAGCACAGAGCUGGUUUGAGACUCUGAAGCUUGGGAUGUAAAUAUAUCAAAUAAGGAAACAUUGGGUGUAUUAUUAUUGUUAUUAUUAUUAUUAUUGUUGUUGUUAUUUAUUUAAAUGUAACUUCAGGCGUGAUCGCGAACUUGUAAUGCCACAUGUUGUUCUGUCAGAGUUAGAAUGCUCUGCCAAAGCCACUGAACGUUUCCCGUUUGCACGCACACCAAUUCUUUUGUUAUUUUUUUGCUAGUGACUUGUAAAAAUGUACCUGGCCAGAAUCAUAAUCUCCUUUUAUUUUAAAGGGUGUUAUUGUAAGAGUGUGUUGCCAAAAUGGUGCUAGAAGCUAGUAUCCAUUAGUGAUGUGCAUUUUCACUUCAGUCCGAAUCAUUUUGUCUUCAGUCCGAUUCAACAAUUCAUUGCAAUGCAUUACAUUUCUACUGAAAGCAAGGCACAUUUUUCAUCAGUCAUGAGGCAAUACAAGGCAAUAUAAUUUGAAGUUCAUUUGCUCCAGAAAUGCCCACAGAAGUAUUUGAAACUUGAAAUAAUGCAGCAAAAAAUAUGCUGCGUCGAUUAUGACAUUUGCCGAAUUGAUUAUUGAAUUGUCCUGCCCUGCAUUGCGCUGCAUUGCCAAAUCGAAUAUUGUUGACACCACUAGUAUCCAUGUAUGUAUGUCACUGGCCAAUGGGACCAUGUACUGUAGGGUCCUGUGCUGUAAAUGCGCCCGGACUUGAACAUUUUGCACUCAGUCUUACACCCACACUUGAAUAUGUGAAGGAAGAAUAUACACUGCAAUAUGUCAAUGUCGAUGCUGAUCUUCCUUGUGUACAGUGUAGUCUCUUAUGCAAGGCUUGUUUAGUUUUCAAUGGCUAAUGACCUAUAAGGAGGUAGUCUGGCUAUUGGCAAACUAUCACGAGCGAGAUAUAGUGUGGGGACUGAGUGGGGAUGAUGACGACUUGAUAAAAUUGCUGCAAAUAGCCUUUAUUUAUUACAAAACUAUAUUACAAUGUAUCCAUGCGGUCUAUGUAAGAGCGAACAAUACUUGUGUGUAUAUCAUUGUAGGAUUCCGAUCAGUAAGAUUGGCAAUUAUGCCAUAUUGAAAAUAUACACCAUCUCUCAAAAUAUGUCACUUGUUAAUGGAUAUAUUCAAAUAAAUGUUUUUUUAAGUA